UGGAGAGAUGAACGUGGGCACGGCGCAUAGUGAAGUGAACCCCAACACCCGGGUCAUGAACAGCCGUGGCAUCUGGCUCUCGUACGUCUUGGGCAUCGGGCUCCUGCACGUGGUUUUGCUCAGCAUCCCUUUCUUCAGCGUCCCAGUGGUCUGGACUCUCACCAACAUCAUCCACAACAUGAGCAUGUACAUUUUCUUGCACACAGUCAAGGGAACGCCGUUUGAAACUCCGGACCAAGGGAAAGCCCGGCUGCUCACCCACUGGGAGCAGAUGGACUAUGGCGUUCAAUUCACAGCAUCCCGCAAGUUCCUGACCAUCACGCCGAUUGUGCUUUAUUUCCUCACCAGCUUCUACACGAAAUAUGACCGGACACAUUUCAUCAUCAAUACCGUCUCCUUGAUGAGUGUCUUGAUUCCCAAGCUCCCCCAGCUUCAUGGCGUCCGCAUCUUUGGGAUCAACAAGUACUGAGUUUGGUGGGGGUUUUGUGAGUGAGCUGUGGGAGAUCAGGCUGAGGACCCCGUUUUCCUUAGUUUUGUCUGCCUCU